UGCUGCAAGACUGUGGCGCAACUGACUGCGGCGUCGGUCAGUCAGUCGGUCGAUGGUACUCCAGCCUCUUUCCUUGAAAAACGGUGGAAAACGUUCUAAUACAGGGCAGCGAUAAAACAACCUCCAAAUUAGACAUAAAAUCAUCGGCUUGAGUGAACCCGUCCAAGGCCCUUUUCACGUCAGCCAUGUCGGGUUCUUACGACGAUUCCAUGAUCGACGUCUCCAGUGACAGCUUCUGGGAGGUGGGCAACUACAAGCGCACUGUGAAGCGCGUCGACGAUGGCAACCGGCUGUGCAACGACCUCAUGAGCUGCAUCCACGAGCGGGCGCGCAUCGAGAAGUCAUACGCCCAGCAACUCACUGAGUGGGGAAAGCGCUGGCGGCAGCUCAUAGAGAAAGGUCCUCAAUACGGCAUGCUGGAGCGGGCGUGGUCGUCUUUGUGCACGGAGGCUGAGAAGGUGAGCGAGCUGCACAUGGAGGUGAAGGCAUCGCUGAUGGGUGAGGACUUUGAGAAACUGAAGAACUGGCAGCGAGACGCCUACCACAAGCAAAUGAUCGGCGGCUUCAAAGAGACCAAGGAGGCCGAGGACGGCUUCCGGAAAGCGCAGAAGCCCUGGUCCAAGAAGCUGAAGGAGGUGGAGACCAUGAAGAAGUCGUACCAUUCCGCCUGCAAGGAGGAGAAGCUGGCGGCCAGCAGGGAGACCAACAGCAAACUUGAGAGCAACAACAAUCCCGAGGCGCAGAAGAAGCUCCAGGAGAAGGUGGAGAAAUGCCAGCAGGAGUCGCACAAGACGAAAGAACGCUAUGAGAAAUCCUUGGAGGAGCUGGACAAGCUGACCCCUCAGUACAUGGAGAAUAUGGAGCAGGUGUUUGAGCAGUGGCAGCAAUUUGAAGACAAACGCAUACGCUUUUUUAAAGAGCUUCUCCUGGAGGUGAAGCAGCACUUGGACCUCUCCACCAAUCACAGGUUCCAGACGAUUUACCACACGCUGGAAGACACCAUUUCCGCCACGGACGCAGAGGAGGACCUGAAAUGGUUCCGAUCCAAUCACGGACCUGGCAUGCCCAUGAACUGGCCCCAAUUUGAGAACUUGGCCUGGUCUUUCCCACGCUCCUUUAAGAGAAGGUCCAUUGUAGACUGGUCCAUAGACCUGAACCGGACCCUCAGCAGACGGGAGAAGAAAAAGCCGUCGGAUGGCGUGACACUGACGGGCAUCAGUCAGACUGGAUCCGACCAGCCCGUUCAGCCUCUCAAGAGUAGCAGCAGCAUCACUGCGCCUCCUAAAGCUGCACCCCCCGGCUCCAACCCUUUUGAUGACGAAGAGGAGGAGGAGGAGGAGGAGGAAGUGGUGGCGGCGGCGGUGGUGGUGGAGGAUGAUGAUGAUGAGGUUGAGGAGACGAGGAACCACAUCAGUGUGAAACAUGAAGAAGUGAAAAUUGCAAGUAGCAUGGAGAGAACACCGGACUGGUCAGACGAGGAGACCACCGCCACCCCUUUCUCGGCAAACGGGAACGGCAACCCAUUCGAGGACGAGCCAGCCUCUCCGGUCAUUUCCGUGCCGGUCCGAGCGCUUUACGACUACGAGGGCCAGGAGCAGGAUGAGCUGAGCUUCAAAGCAGGGGACGAGUUGACCAAAAUCGGCAUGGAGGACGACCAGGGCUGGUGCAAAGGCCGACUCAAGGAAGGGCAGAUCGGCCUUUACCCUGCCAAUUAUGUGGAGGACAUCUAGUAAUGAUGCCCAGUGAGUCGUUGUAUGUUUGUGUGUGAGAGGAGUGGCCAAAAGGACCUCGCAUUGACUCACAGGAUGGAGUCAAGUUGGCAUUAAAAGACACUCGGCUGUUACAAAAAAAAUGGCCAGCACAUGUUAGCCACCAAUAAACACUGGGUCUGGCAGGUUGGCUGCAAGCCGUUAAGGACUUCUGACUGAUCAGAAGACCGGGGGAUGAUCACAUGACUCGUUAGGUCCAUUUUACUUCUGUCCGUGGCGGGGAUAAUUGAUAAGGAGCCUUCAUGUGGUCCACAACAAAUAGGGGGGUUUCCUUUAGCACUGCACUUGAAUGUAAACACACUGAUUGUAUUUUCUCAUUGAUUUUAAUAGCUGUUAAACAUUCAACCACUGUCCUAAUUCAUUCGCGAUCCUCUUUUACUUUUCAUUUAACACUGAAUAUUCAAGCUUAUUCUGCCACCUUUUUGUUAAAGUGCCAAGCUACAGGAGCUAUUUUUGUUUGCCGAGCAGUCAAACCACAGCGUUGUUUUGUAUUAGUGCGAGAACACAACUAAAGCUAUGAAAUUAUAGAUUGGUAAAAGUUGAUGAUUGUUAAUUUAUAUAUAAUGCUCUUUAUAAGUGUUUUUUUCUGUUUUCUUCAGAUGCUGCUGAGUAUCAGUUUGUACAAACAUUUAAUACAGGAUUCUAAUUUUCCAAGAUGAUUAUUAUGAUUCAAUUUGCAUGGCGGCCACGCUCAUUUAAUUAAUUCAAAAAUAAUAUGUGAAUAAUUUCUGAUAUUUUAAAUAUAGCAAUGCUCCGUAGCCUUUGCAAAUGUUUUGUUGUGAGUUAUGGUUGAUUUGUGGAUCGAUGAACUCACUGAAGAAUUUUAACCGUGAUGCAAAGUUUAAGGUUUUUUGCCAUGUUUUCAGGAUACACCGCCACAGCUUCAGCUGUACUUGCACAGUUCAAUGUUUGUAAAUGUUGUUCCACAACAUAAUAAAUGAAUUUACUGGA